AUGGUAGCCCCUCACCCAAGUAUUUCUUUUCAUCUGUCUUCUUUAAUUUCUUAUGCACUUUUAUCACCUUCUUUUACUUUAUUUUCUUCUACCAUUUCUUCACAACAAGGCCCACAAUCUUUCAAUCAAGUUGCCAAGGACCCUGAUUGGUGCAAAGCAAGGGAAACUGAAAUUGCUGCCUUAGAACCCAACAACACCUGGGUCCUUACAGAUUUACCUCCUAGGAAAUCUCCAAUUGCUUGCAAAUAUGUGUAUAAAAGCAAAUACAAUUCUGAUGGUACUCUUGAAAGGAAGAAAGCAGGCUUAGUUGCUCAUGAUUUUACUCAGCAAGAGGGAGUGGAUUAUCAUGAAACUUUUUCUCUCAUUGCCAAAAUUGUUACAGUUUGCACCCUGCUUGCCUUGGUUGCCAUUAAACGAUGGCAUUUGAAGUAG